GAGGCUGGAGGAGCGCAGGGAAGGAAGUCAUCAGAGAGCUGUAGUCCAGUUUGUUGCUGUUGCAGGAAUCAGGAUAUCCUUCCAGCUCCUCGCAGAAAUUCCAGGGAUUUUUUUUUUCUUUUCUUGCUGCUUGUAUCCCCCUCCUCCUUCUCCUGAAAGUAAUCUCCCUGCUUGUCGCUCCGUCUCCGCCGGGCUCUGUUUGACUAUUUCUCCACGAGUACUUCCAAAAAAAAGUGUGUUUCGACCUCUGGAAAACGGGAUUUGACCACUGUGAUGAAUAUUUCUGCGUUUUUGGCACACAUUUCGUCUUCCUGUCGUUUCCUCGGGAUCGAAGAGGACAGAUUGGACAUAGUUUAUCCAUAUCGCGCCGGACUAACGGUGUAACCUAAUUUCAGGGACGACCUCGUUUUGAAAAAAGUUUAAGAAUCAAUUUUUUCCUCAUACACCGUCCGGAUUGGUCCCGGAGGCGCCGAUCCUGCGUGCCGAGUGAGGAGGGAGUGGGUUCCUAACUGACUCCUACUUUGGAUUUACGCACAGGAACCAUUCACCCGAGCGUUGUCAGUCGACACUAUGUGGCUCUGAUUUAUUCUCCGAGCUCAACUGUGGAUUUAACCGCUGUAUGAUUUCUGUUGACUGUGCUGUCUCAAAAAAACAAGGAAAAAAAAAAAUUUGCCGCAAAGCUGAGACUCGCACACCAUCAUGCAUCGCUUCUUGGAGAAAAUCUGCUGCAAAAUCGAGGGAAGUCGGGAGGCAGCAUGACUUGCGCUCUGGAUUUCUUUGAAUCUACAUUCCAUUCUCAUAUAAUAUCUUAAUGCUGUUCAAUUUUGGUUUACAAAUAUGAUGAAAUGGCAGCCCCGGAAGAAGGCAUACUUCCGACAGGGUGUUGCCCUUCAGUACCUUGGUCGCCAUGCCGACGCUCUGGCCGCCUUCGCCUCCGGGCUGGCCCAAGACCCCAAGAGCCUCCAGCUACUGGUGGGCAUGGUGGAAGCAGCCAUGAAGUCGCCGCUACGAGAUUCUCUCGAGCCCACCUAUCAGCAGCUGCAAAAGAUGAAGCUGGACAAAAGUCCGUUUGUGGUGGUGUCUGUGAUUGGCCAGGAGCUGCUGACAGCAAGCCACCACACCGCCUCUGUUGUGGUGCUGGAAGCCGCUUUGAAGAUCGGCACAUGCAGCCUCAAGCUACGCGGCUCCGUCUUCUCGGCCCUCAGCAGCGCCCACUGGUCCCUGGGCAACACAGAGAAGAGCACCAGCUACAUGCAGCAGGACUUAGAGGUGGCCAAGACCUUAGGUGACCAAACAGGGGAAUGCCGUGCUCAUGGAAAUCUGGGCUCGGCAUUCUUCUCCAAGGGGAAUUACCGUGAAGCGCUGACCAACCAUCGCAACCAGCUGGUUCUGGCCAUGAAGUUAAAGGACAGAGAGGCUGCAUCAAUGGCACUGAGCAGCUUGGGCCAUGUAUAUACAGCCAUAGGGGACUAUCCAAAUGCCCUGGCCAGCCACAAGCAGUGCGUCCUGCUGGCCAAGCAGUCCAAGGAUCAGUUGUCCGAGGCUCGUGAACUGGGAAACAUGGGGGCUGUCUACAUCGCCAUGGGAGACUUUGAAAAUGCUGUCCAAUGUCAUGAGCAGCACCUAGGCAUUGCUAAGGCCCUGGAAAAUAAACGAGAGGAAGCCCGGGCCUAUAGUAACCUGGGUAGUGCCUACCACUACCACCGCAACUUUGACAAGGCCAUGUCCUACCAUACUCAUGUUCUGGAGCUUGCCCAGGAGCUGGAAGAAAAGUCCAUUGAGAUGAGAGCCUACGCAGGACUGGGUCAUGCUGCUCGCUGUAUGCAGGACUUGGAGAGAGCCAAGCAGUACCACGAACAGCAGCUGUCUAUAGCUGAGGGGUUGAAGGACAGGGCUGCAGAGGGAAGGGCUUCUUCCAAUUUGGGCAUCAUCCACCAGAUGAAAGGGGACUAUGAGACUGCACUGAAACUCCACAAAACACACCUGGCCAUUGCUCAGGAGCUGAAUGACUAUGCUGCUCAGGGCCGGGCAUAUGGUAACAUGGGUAAUGCCUACAAUGCCCUGGGAGCCUUUGACCAAGCCGUUCGCUACCACCGCCAGGAGCUGCAGAUCUCCAUGGAGGUCAAUGACCGGGCCUCGCAGGCCUCCACCCAUGGUAACCUGGCUGUGGCUUACCAAGCUCUGGGCGCCCAUGACCGUGCUCUGCAGCAUUACCAGAACCACCUCAACAUAGCUCGUGAGCUCAGAGAUGUCCAGAGCGAAGCACGGGCUCUGGGCAACCUGGGCAACUUCCACUGCUCUCGAGGAGAGUUUCCUCAGGCUGUGCCCUACUAUGAGCAGUACCUCCGGCUGUCCCCUGACCUCCAGGACAUGGAGAGUGAAGGGAAAGUCUGUCACAAUCUGGGUUAUGCCCACUACUGCUUGGGGAACUACCAGGAUGCCGUCAAAUACUAUGAGCAGGACCUUGCUCUGGCCAAGGACCUUCAUGAUAAACUGAGUCAGGCCAAGGCAUACUGUAACCUUGGCUUGGCUUUCAAGGCUCUAGGAGACUUCACUAAGGCAGAAGAGUGUCAGAAAUACCUGUUGUCAUUGGCCCAGUCCCUGAACAAUGCACAGGCUCGCUUCAGAGCUCUCGGGAACCUGGGGGACAUAUUUGUCUGUAAAAAGGAUGUGGCUGGAGCCAUUCAGUUUUAUGAACAGCAACUGGCUUUAGCUCACCAGGUAAAGGAGCGUAGGAUGGAGGCCUGUGCAUAUGCCGCCCUCGGAGCCACCUACAGACUUGUGCAGAAAUAUGACAAAGCCCUGGGCUACCACACUCAGGAGCUAGAGGUGUACCAGGAGCUCGGUGAUGUGCCGGGAGAAUGCAAAGCCCACGGUCACCUGGCAGCUGUCUAUAUGGCCCUCGGGAAGUACGCCAUGGCCUUCAAAAGCUACGAAGAGCAGUUAGAGCUCGGUCGCAGGCUGAAGGAUCCCGUUGUGGAAGCUCAGGUGUACGGAAACAUGGGCAUCACUAAAAUGAAUGUAGGCGUGAUGGAGGAAGCUAUUGGCUACCUGGAGCAGCAACUGGCCACUUUACAACAGCUGAGUGGCAACGAAGCAGUAAUGGACCGAGGCAGGGCCUAUGGAAACCUGGGAGACUGUUAUGAGGCUCUGGGAGACUUUGAGGAAGCCAUCAAGUACUAUGACCAGUAUCUAUCAGUGGCCCAGAGCCUCAACCGCAUGCAGGACCAGGAGAAAGCUUAUAGAGGCUUAGGAAAUGGACACAGGGCCAUGGGAAACCUACAGCAGUCUCUGGUGUGCUUUGAGAAACGGCUAGUGGUGGCUCAUGAGCUAGGGGAGUGUGGAGGCAAGGCUCAGGCCUACGGUGAACUGGGUGCGCUCCACAGCCAACUGGGCAAUUACGAGCAGGCCAUCUCCUGUCUGGAGCGACAGCUGGCCAUUGCUCGUGACACCCAGGACAGACUACUGGAGGGCGAUGCCAGCUGCGGUUUGGGUGCUGUGUAUCAAGCUAUGGGAGAGUAUGAGACAGCCCUGCGAUGCCACCAAAGUGACCUGGAGAUUGCAGAGGAAGCCGGCAGCACCACGCGCCAGGCCCGUGCUUAUGGCAACUUGGGCCUUACUUACGAGUCGCUAGGAAACUAUGAGCGGGCGGUCGUGUUCCAGGAACAGCACCUAAGUGUCGCGGCUCAGACUAAUGACUUGGCUGCCAAGACACUGGCCUAUGGCAGCUUGGGGAGAACACACCACGCACUGCAAAACUACUCACAAGCUGUCAUGUACCUGCAGGAAGGUCUGCGGCUUGCAGAGCAGCUGGCUCGGCGUGAGGACGAGGCGAAGAUCCGCCAUCGUCUAGGACUCUCUCUGUGGGCCAGUGGGAAUCUGGAGGAGGCCCAACAUCAGCUCUACCGGGCAUCUGCACUGUUUGAAACCAUCCGCCAUGAAGCUCAACACAGCACCGACUAUAAACUUUCUCUGUUUGACCUACAAACCUCCUGCUACCAGGCUCUCCAAAGGGUCCUUGUCAGCCUAGGUCACCACGACGAGGCGCUGGCAGUAGCAGAGCGAGGUCGUACACGAGCCUUUGCUGAUCUGCUGGUGGAGAGGCAGACGGGCCAGCAGGAGUCAGACCCCUACACCCCAGUAACAGUGGAGCACAUCUUGGACACCGUCAACAGCCAGAGGGCCUUGGUGCUUUAUUUCUCCAUGGCUGCUGGUUACCUGUACAGUUGGCUGCUGGCUCCAGGAGCAGGCAUCCUGAAGUUUCACGAGGUGUACCUGGGCGAGGGUGUGACGGAAGGAGGGUCCGACUUCCAGGAGGGAGGCGUCAGCGGCGUGAUCUGUGGCUCCUCGUUGGAGCAGCACAUUGCCAGCGCCCGUGAGGCUCUGGGAGUAGAGUCUUAUUACAGCAGAGGGUGUUCGAGCAGUGAGACGGAGAGCGAGGCGGGAGAUUUGUUGGACCAACAAUUUGAGGAGCUCAACAACAAGCUUAACUCAGUCACUGAUCCAACAGGCUUCCUGCGCAUGGUGUCCAGAAACAAUCUGUUCAACAGGAGUUGCCAGAGUAUGACCAGCCUCUUCAGCAACACAAUGUCUCCUGCCAAAGAUGGUAACUCUUCCCUGCCUCGUCGCUCCAGCAACCUUGGAAAACCUCCACUCCGGGCACUUUAUGAUUUGCUCAUCGCACCUAUGGAGGGAGGCCUGAUGCACUCCAGCGGGCCUGUUGGCAGACACAGACAGCUGGUGAUGGUGCUGGAGGGAGAGCUGUACCUCAUCCCCUUUGCCCUGCUCAAAGGAAGCUCUUCUAAUGAAUACCUGUAUGAGCGCUUCAGCCUCAUCGCUGUGCCCUCCAUCCAUGGCCUUGGAUCCAGUAUAAAGGCUCACUCUCGUCGUCCUGGACCAGCUCCGUGUGGUGGCGUCUCAAUGGCAGCAGUGGUGGGGAACCCUCGACUGCCCUCUCCAGUAAUGGACCGCUGGCUGUGGGGGCCCAUGCCUUCAGCAGAGGAGGAGGCUCUAAUGGUUGCUGAGCUGCUGGGUUGCCAACCGCUGGCCGGCUGUUCUGCCACCAAGGAGAGGGUGAUGAGUGCUCUCACGCAAGCCGAGUGCGCCCACUUUGCCACCCACAUUUCCUGGAAAUUGGCAGCUCUGGUGCUCACCCCAAACCCAGAGGGUGUACCUGGGGGGGCGAGUGGCAGCGUGGGAGUGGGAACAGUGGGCAGAGGUGCGGGCGGGAGGAGAGGCAGCAGUGGCCGAGGCAGGAAGGGCUCCAUUGGAAGCGGCUACACCAUCCCAGAGUCUCUUCACAUGCAGGAUGACAGCAGUGACGUGGAGAGCAUCUGUGACAGUCCACCACUUCAGGAGUUCCUGCUUACAGCUGCAGAUAUAUUGGACCUGCGAUUGCCUGUCAAGCUGGUGGUUCUGGGGUCGUACCAGGAGUCCAGCAGCAAGGUCACAGCAGAUGGUGUCGUGGGAUUGACCAGAGCCUUCCUGGCUGCUGGGGCUCAGUGUGUUCUCGUGUCCUUGUGGCCCGUCCCUGUUGCUGCCUCCAAGGUUUUCGUCCAUGCCUUCUACUCUGCCCUGCUGAAUGGGACCAAGGCCAGUGCAGCACUGGCAGAUGCCAUGAAGACUGUCCAGAGCAGCAAGCAGUACUCACACCCCUCCAACUGGGCGGGAUACAUGCUGAUUGGCAAUGAUGUGAAGCUUAACAGCCCGUCUUCCCUGAUCGGUCAAGCUUUGGCUGAGAUUCUGCAGUAUCCAGAUCGAGCUCGUGAUGCUCUGAGAGUUUUACUCCACCUGGUGGAGAAGUCUCUUCAGAGGAUACAGAAUGGCCAACGCAACUCCAUGUAUACAUCCCAGCAGAGUGUGGAGAACAAAGUGGGGGGUGUCCCAGGUUGGCAGGCCCUGCUAACAGCUGUGGGCUUCCGUCUUGACUCUGCAGGCACCGGUAUCCCUGCGGCUGUCUUCUUUCCCACCGCUGACCCAGGAGACAGACUCCAACAGUGCAGCACUACUUUACAGUCACUACUGGGUCUGCCACCACCAGCUCUCCAGGCUUUGUGCAAACUCAUCACAGCUUCAGAGGCAGGAGAGCAGCUCAUCAACCGGCUCCACCAGGUGCUAGUCCAACUCCAGACAGGAGAGAAAGAACAGGAUUUCUCCCUCCUGCCAAUUCAGGUGUCCAUUAGUGUGCAGCUAUGGAGACUGCCAGGAUGCCAUGAGUUUCUGGCUGCUCUUGGAUUUGACUUAUGUGAGGUAGGCCAAGAAGAAGUGGUGCUGAAGACAGGCAAGCUAGCCAACCGCCGCACCUUGCACUUUGCUCUCCAGUCUCUGCUGGCGCUAUUUGACUCCACAGAACUGCCCAAGCGCCUGAGCCUGGACAGCUCAUCUUCCCUCGAGUCUCUAGCUUCAGCCCAGUCUGUGUCUAACCCCCUGCCCAUGGGAUACUCGAGCCUUCCCUUCUCUCCACCUUGCCUGGACAAUCAAGCUUCAGAUGCCAUCUCUGUCUAUAGCCUCAGCUCUGUAGCCUCAUCCAUGAGCUUUGCUUCCAAGUCAGAAUGUGAUUUCCUUGGGCAUCGGCAACGCAUUGGGGCCACGGCACACUACUCUGUCCACAAACACUCUCAUGUUCCUCGUAGUCGCUCCUCUCCUCACGGGGCGGCUGCUGCAGUGACGAGAUCCCGGGAGGACGAGGAGGAAUAUGAGGGCUUUUCCAUUAUUAGCAGCGAGCCACUGGGAAGUCACUGUGACUCUCUGCCUUUGCCACCAGGCCACGGCCAACGCCACCACCGUGGGGGUAGGGGGGUUGUUGGUGGAUCCAGCGCAGGAGCAGGCAGAGGCUACACCGUUUCAGUAUCAUCAAGGGGCAGUGUCAGCACCCCUACGUCCCCUGUCAAAACAUGCCUGGUGCCCAGCCCAAACUCACCAUUCCAGAAGGUGGGUAAAGUGAGCAGCUCAGAUACAGGAGAAUCUGAUCAGUCCAGUACCGAGACAGACAGUACUGUCAAGUCUCAGGAAGAAAAAGCUGUCUCUCUGGAUCCUCAGGAGCUGGCCCAGAAGAUUCUGGAGGAGACUCACAGCCAUUUAUGCGCUGUGGGUAGUCUUCAGCGGGCCGGUGCAGAGGGUGGGACAGCUGGAGCAACCUCAGCUAGGAGUAGCACAUUCCGCUCUUCUGAAACUAGUGCAUUCAGCCGUCCUAACAGCAGUGCUAGUGGCCGAGCUCAGUCUUCCCCGAGACCGAAACCUCCCUCACGUUCCUCUUCGCUGCAGAAGAUUAGCUCAGGCUACAAUAGUCCUGCAGUCUCUGAGUCUUCCCAAAAGGAGGGCAGCCACCCCUCACCUACUCUCGACAGCCAUGCACAGUUUAAACUAAAAUACCCAAGCUCCCCAUACAGUGGCCACAUCUCUCGUUCCCCGAGUAAUGUGUCCCCCAGUUCUGGUCACCAGUCACCGGCUGGAAGUGCUCCGUCUCCUGCUCUGUCCUACUCCUCCACAGGCUCUGCCUGCUCUACGUCGACUGAUGUGCCAGACUUGGACCGACUAAGAAGAGGGGUCAUUGAUGAAAAAGUCCAGGCUAUCCACAAUCUGAAGACCUUCUGGGCUAAUGCGGCAGCCCAGCAGCAGCAACAUCUAGGUCCCGUCAAAGCUGUCCAUGGCAAUCCUGGACCUCUUGCGUCUGCCAGUAGAGAUGUACUGAGCCUUCUGAACCUCUCCCCACGCCACUGCUCCCCUAACGAUACCCAAGACAGCCUGGAGCUGCGGGAGCUGGGGCUGCAGUCACUAGAUAGGGGUAGCAAGAACUCUUCCAAUGGACACCACUGCUCCAACCCCAGAAAAGUGGCCCCAUCACCUACUAUUUCCACAAGCAGUAGCCCUGGUGCUCGUUCUAUCCGACUACCUGCUGGCAAUGGAUACAAGUUCCUGUCGCCUGGAAGAUUUUUCCCUUCUUCUAAAUGCUGAGACAUGUAAAACGGUUCUAUACUUUUAUCUAUCAUUUACUAUCCUGUGUGCUGGAGGAGAAGGGCACUUUUUGAGGAUCAUUAUUGGUCCACCAAACUUGACUGACGAAUUGAGAAGGAUUUCUUGGGUUAGUGAGUGUGAUCCUGCAGAGGCACAUGAAUGCUUUAGAGAGUGUCUUGUCUUUGUGCCCAUAACACUGUAAAUGGCAAUGAGAAAUACUCAACGACCUGAUACUGUGUUUGUGUGUAACUGUGUGUCAGGUAGAUGUAAAUGCCAUUUGGUAUUUUCUUUUCCCCCAAAACUUUGCUGUUUGUGUGGGCCAAGAUGCAACAGCUAUGACUGAUUUCCUUCAUUUUAUUUUUGUUUUUAAAUUUAAUGGUUAUUGUUAUUAUUGUUUGUUAUUGUUAUUAAUAUUAUAAUAAUUAUUAUUAUGUUUUGUAAAUUAAUUCCAGUGUUUCACAAUCAGUAUUAAGCGUUUUUAUAUAAUUAAAAAGUGAACAAACCUGUACCAUGUAAAGAUGGAUAGAGUGGAAAAAAAGAUUUAAUAUUUUUUAUUGAAAUCAAAAGGGCAUUUUGCCUGAUUUCUUUGUGAAUUGAGUGUCUGCUCUGAAGCAUGGAUUCUCUUGCUAUUCAAUGUUAAGUACCAUGUAUGACUUUUUAGCCCAUGAUUUUUUGAGAUUAAACAUGAAAGUUUCAUGACAACCAUCUGUCAUUUAUCAGUAAACUGUUUCAAUAAAAACAUCAUGUUUGCUUUCUUGUA